AUGUUCGCGUCACAUCACGAAGGCGACGAGUAUGCUCGAUAUCCUCACCCUCCCCACUCUGCCUCUAGCUACGAAUCCGCCACAACCUCUCCCAUGGAGAUGAACACCAUGUACACGAUCCCCUCAACGGUUGCGUAUGAGCCCGCCAUGUACACCGAGACCUCAAAUUACGUCCUGGGCCACGGGAACAACUCACCUACCAUGUAUCCCGAGGACAGUGAGCUGCGCAUCCCAUCCUCGAGCCUCUCCGCCGCCUCAGCUGCCUCCUCGGCGGCUGCCUCACCACAAUCCAAUCCCGGGCAGCACUCUCUGCCUUCCCCCGAAUGGGCCACCAGUGGCCUUGUCCAGCCGACCAUUGUGAGCAACGACUUCGUUGCCCACCACCCAGACUUCGGCUUCCACGCCCAGCAUAUGGAGGAGAUGAACUUCGACUUUGCGCCACCUACAAAGGGCUAUGUUGAUCCCUCUCUGAUCAAUCAGGAAAUGGGCGGUCUGCCCAUGCCUGCGCCCCACUACGAUUACUACCAGCAUCACCAACAGCCUCAGCAGCCCUUCCCAACCUCUCCCUCAGUCGCCUCUUCACCACAGCUCAAGAUGAUCCGCACCAACAGCUCCUCGCCCGCCUACUUCCCGAACCCUCAGAUGCACCCAGGAGCCUACGCUCACAGCCCCUACGUCGACACAACCGGCCGCCGGCCAAGCAUGAGCAGUUUUAUCUCUCCGGCCUCGGGCGAGUACCACAGCGGAGACGAGACCAAGAUCAAGCAGCGAUGCACAUACCCCGAUUGUGGCAAGGUCUUCAAGGACCUCAAGGCCCAUAUGCUCACGCACCAGAACGAGCGUCCCGAGAAGUGCCCCAUCCAGACGUGCGAGUACCACACCAAGGGCUUCGCACGCAAAUACGACAAGAACCGACACACCCUGACGCACUAUAAAGGCACCAUGGUGUGCGGCUUCUGUCCUGGAUCUGGCUCGGCCACCGAGAAGUCGUUCAACCGCGCGGACGUCUUCAAGAGGCACUUGACAGCCGUUCACGGUGUGGAGCAGACUCCUCCCAACAGCCGCAAGAAGGGCUCCAUGACCAUCCCCUCCAAGAAGCUCAACGCCUAUGCCUCCGACGCCACUGGCAAGUGCAGCACUUGCUCACAGACCUUCUCCAACCCUCAAGACUUCUACGAGCAUUUGGAUGACUGCGUGCUGCGCAUCGUCCAGCAGGAGGACCCCUCCGAGGCGAUCAAUGUCCAGUGCCUCACUGAGGUGGAGAACGACAAGGAUGUCCAGGAGACUCUGGAGAAGAACAACCUCCCCCUCACCACCCAGGUCACUUCUGACAGUGGUGAUGGCAACGAUUCGGAUAUGGCUGAUGAUGACGACGACGAUUCCUCGAGCAUCAAGGUGGCUAACGGUGUUUCCAAGAAGAAGGGAAACCCAGCCAACGGUGUUCAGAAGUCUCGUGGCAUGACACACUCUCGCGGAGGAGUGCCAAUGACCAUGAAGCCAAAGAACCGCAAGAACCGUGGCGAGCGAUACCCCCCUUCCUGGGGAUACGAUCCCGCGAACAUGACCCUCAAGCACCGCGUCAUGACUUGCUUUGAUGGCGCUCGUCGCCUCGCCAAGGACGACAUGGCUCUCUCCACCACGCACGAGGUUCGUCUCAAGCUCUCCGACCCCAAGGCGUACACCACCGAUCUGGAUAUCCAGACUCUGAAGCGCGCCGAGGGUUUCCAUGGCGCAACUGAGGAGGAGAAGGGCAUCUGGAUUUCGGAUGACCCCACUGAGGCUCAGUUCCGACAGAUGAGCGAGGCGGCGAUGCUGGCUUCGAACUAA